CUUGGUCGCCUUGUUUGCCAGCUUCCAACAGCCUACUAUCGGUCUGCAGCUCUGCGUGCACCGCCGAUAGUGGUCGCUGAGCAGAAGAACGCCUCAGCGUGGCAUGUCGAAGGCGUCGCGCGGCCCCAGGCAGGCGGUGAGGAGAGGCCCGUGGUCGACGGAGGAGGACGCCAAGCUGAUGAACCACGUCGCCAAGCAUGGCGUCGGCCGCUGGGGUGAUAUCCCUAGGCUAGCAGGCAUUGAGAGGGGCGGGAAGAGCUGCAGGCUGAGGUGGCUGAACUACCUCCGGCCGGACCUCAAGCGGGCCGCCCUCUCUCAGGAAGAGGAAGAUCUCAUCAUCCGACUCCACUCCAUCAUAGGCAACAGCUGGUCUCUGAUCGCGGCGUGCCUGCCGGGGCGGACGGACAACGGGGUCAAGAACUUCUGGAACGCCUCCAUCAAGCACAAGCUCCGCCGGCGCGGCAUCGACCCGGAUACCCACGAGCCGGUGGCCGACGACAACGGUAGCAGGAACGGCGACGUCCUGCCAUCCCACCUUGCGGCAGGUGGCGACCCGUGCAGCCAUGGAGCCCUGCCGCUGCCGGACUCCAUCAGUCGCUACGCGGACACGGACCCGCUGCAGCUCCAGCACGGCGUUGCACUUGUACAGCCGGUGGUGUCCAGCUCCAGCACGGUGGGCUCUAACCCGUCCAGCUCCGGCUGCGACGCCGGCGAGCAGUGGAACAACCGCGCAGACAGCGGGAGCCGGCUGUUCGAGCUGACGGAGAGCAGUAUUACUACAACUACAACCACCACCACCGAGUCGGCCACCACGAACCACCUCCCGUCGCCGGUCCAAGCUGUCGGAGCUGCUCCGCGAGUACCAUGACUCGCUCGGCUUCGUACUGGGCUUAGUACUCCCUCCAUUACUGUAUAACGGCAGUGCUUGAACUGACUGAAGCAACGUCGUCAGCGACGGCGAGCAAUCCAUUACCGCGCGCAACAGCCAUGGCUGCUUUCCCUUAGAUUAGGCAUAAUCACUGCUUUCCAUCUGACCGACUGGUGGUUGCAUAUACAUGUGUGACCAUUCAUCAAUAAAGACU